GGCGCGGCCGCUGACGUCACGGCCGGGCAGGGCCGGCGGCGCGGUGCGGUGCGGUGCGGUGAGGCGCGGCGCGGCGCGGGGGUCAGUGCGCGUCCAGCCGCGCGGCCCAGCACCGCCCCGGCCCCGGCCCCGGCGGCAGCGGCGCGUCCCGGCCAUGUCGCGCCUCAGCCCGCAGGAGGAGAAUCUGCAGGGUUCCUGGGUAGAACUCCACUUCAGCAGUAAUGGAAACGGUAGUGGAAGCACAGCGACACCAACAAGCCAAGAGCAAGUGCCAGCCUCUAUUUCCAUUCACAAUGGUGACAUGGAGAAAAUACUCCUUGAUGCUCAACACGAAUCUGGACGGAGCAGUUCAAGAGAAAGUUCACGCUGUGACAGCCCUCCUCGUUCCCAGACACCUCAAGACAGUAACAGAGCUUUGGAAAUAGAGAGUCACAGCAGUGGAGAAAAGAAUAGCUUUCAGUCUGAAGAAGAUUUUCUUGAAAGGAGGAAAGAAGUUGAAAGGCUCCUGAAGAAAAACGCAGAUUGGAUAUGGGACUGGUCCAGCAGGCCUGAGAACAUCCCACCAAAGGAAUUCCUCUUUAAACAUCCCAGACGCACAGCCACCCUCAGCAUGAGAAAUACAAGUGUAAUGAAGAAAGGGGGCAUAUUUUCAGCAGAAUUUUUAAAAGUUUUCCUUCCAUCUCUGCUACUUUCUCAUUUGCUUGCCAUUGGUCUUGGGAUUUACAUUGGAAGACGCCUUACAACCACAGCUUCAAGCAGUACUUUUUAAAGGCAGGUGAAAUCCAGUUUCAAAGCGAAGAAAAUACUCAUCUAAGAAUAUAAGAGGCAGAAACUUCUGUGCUAGCAAUGGCUGUAUGAUCCGUGUGUAUCUGUUCUGUAAGUGUUGUAUUCCUAGUUUAGUAAGUGUCGGAGAAGAGAUGCUAAAGUUAAGGUAUAAUAUAUAAUCUGUCUGAAGCAUACUUUACGAAUUAAUCCAGAAGACUAACAGCUGUUAUAUAGCUUUGUAGUGAAAUAUCUUUGAAAAUUAAAAGAACUUGAUGUUUAAAAAUAAAACCUUAGCUUUACUAUAGCAAUCAUGAUUCAGUUAGUUCUUCAUCUAAACUGUUGUUUCUUUAUACUUCAUUGAUGUGAAUAUUCUUCACCGCUCACGUAAUCAUGACAAUAAGGGAUUAGCCCAAAAGAAUGUGUGGCCUUAUGUAACAUAUACAGUAAUUCAGAGAAAGCUUUUACCUCAUUUGAGGCAACUUCUCAUUUACUAAAGAUUUUGCUUAGCUCGUUUUUCAUUUUAUGCAAGACAUGAAAUGUUAAAAGACACAAUCAGCUUGAAAAAAUUAGCAUAUCAGUAAAAUUUCACCAAUUUUUAUUAGUUCGGAAUAUGAUCCACAACAGUCUAAGUUAAAAUUUGAACCUUAGUAUCCAAUAGUUUCCUUUGCAAAGGCUGUUAUUUAACUCCCAAAUUACAGAAGUUCCUUCUGUUGUUUCUUCUUGCAGACCUGUGCUUCUCAGUCUUUUUAUCUGUAAAAUAAAUAAAUUUGCAUCUUAAACUUGCCUCAUCCCUGUAUAGAUUUGAAAAAAGGUUGGCUUGCUUACUUGUUUGUAUUAAGGGAAUGCAUUUUCAUUCAAUAAUUUUAUCUUGUUUAAUGAGAAAAAUGGAUGUUUGCCAAAUUAUCGUAAGUUUUAUAUGUUUAAAUAAAAAGGUUCCUCAUGGA